UUCGCCUAAAAAAUAAUUUAAAAUAUGAUUUUCUUCCGCACUUUGAUGAUUUUACUCUCAUUUGUUGUUGUAUGUGGCGUUUAUGCCUUACCGGUUGAGGUUAAUCUGCUAACUUUUACGGGCGUGUGUGAGUUGAGCGGCGAUUGGUGUACCGUAAAAUGUCAAAUUGCUGGUGGACGUGACGGCUAUUGCAACAAAGUGAAAAUAUGUCAUUGCAGGCAAUUGUAAAAUGUUGAU